AUAGCAACCAAUACAUCACCACAACAGUCUCGAAAUGGCGGCCAUCUGAGAAGAAAGACCUCGUAAAAGAGGUGGGAACGAAAAUCUCUGUAUAAUGGCAGAUGACGAAGCAUCUCAGCUUAAGGAGCAGCCACAGACUGAAGAAGGUGAGGAGGCCACAGCUGUAGAGCAGUCUUUUGAAAAUCUUGCAGAAGAAACCCCAAAAGAACAAACAGAUGCUCCCACAGAAGUUCCCACUGACCCAGGAGAAGGUGGGCAACAAACAGAUGCUCCCAGAGAAGUUCCCACUGACCCAGGAGAAGGUGGGCAACAAACAGCAGAGGACAGGAUCACUGAUCUGGGAAAAGAAGAUGCCACAGAAAAAAAGGAAGAGAUAGUGCAGGUUUUUAGUGAGGAAAACCCUGCUCUACAAGGGAAAAGUGCUGAACAGGACACAGAUAGAGCUCCAGAAGAAGUGAAGCCAGAAGACAACAAACAUACUAGGGAAGAGGCAGUCACUCCAGACAAAAUAAUGCCAGAGUCGCAGAUGUCACAUCCUGAAAUCAAACAAGAAAGCGCACAAGAACAUUUGAGUAUAGAUCUGGACUCCACCGCUACAGUCAAAAUUGUUCUGAUGCCAAGUGGUCAAGUGGUGACCAUGGCGUGCACGCUUGGCAAGACACUGCUCGAGUUGAAAAGACAUUUUGCCUCAGAGCUCAAGAUGUCUGUUGAUGUUAUCAUGAUGAUAUUUGAUGGAAGAGCUAUAGAGGACACAGCUACGCUGGCUGACCUAGGUGUUGGGCCUAAUGGAACAGUGCAGAUAGAGAUUCAGUCCUCAGACCCAGUGAACAACCCCAUCCGCUCAUAUCGGCUCCACCAAGAAUACCAAAUGCCAGAUGUCAUUACCGUUCGUGUACAGACUGAUGAAGGAGAGCCUAAGGAUGUUGUGGUUGAAAUUGAAAGGACCACAAUAAAAAAACCAUUCCUGGGAGGUUACAGACAUAAAAUAAAUGGUAUCGAGUUUCACAAUGCUGCCGCUCAGACUGUUCCAUUACCCAGAGCAUCAUCAGGAAUUGAAAGGUAUUGUCGAGACACUCAGACUGUGGAGGUGCGGAGUAGAGUACAACAGACCUUCAAUGACACGUCUACCCAGAUGACAGGUAUUGGAGUCUACGUUUCUAAUAUAACUGACAAGCUGCUGACUCCAGGAGAGUACACUUACGCAGAAGAAUACCAUAACAACAUUCUCGAAAAAAUAAUCAUUCUUCAAAAGAAUUACCGCCGGUGGCUGGCUACACGUUACGUGAAUAAACUGAAAGCAGACAAGAAAAGGAGGGAGGAGUGGGAGCGACAGCAAGAGAUUAACAAACAGAAGGAGAAAGAAAAUAGACUCAAGCAAGAGUUUGAAAGAAGAAUGCACCCAAAGACCAGAGAAGAUUUUGACCUACUUUAUCAUGCACUUGAGAAGUGGCGGUUGGAGGAGAUUGAGCGAAUCAACAGCACGCUGACAGGGGCUGAGCGCAAGGCAGCCUUGUGUAUGUUGCUUGAUCAGGAGACACAGCUACUAGCUGCCAUUGACCGCCAUAAAAUAGAAACAAACAUUGACAACAAAGAGCAGUACAUACAGGAUUUUCUCAACAAGGCUGCUGCCCCUAAGAGAUGGCGGGGCUUUGAUGGCAAACCCACUGAGAUGGACACACCUUACACCAUGCGGGCCAAGGAACUGAGAGACAUCUACAACUCUAUCAACAUGAAGUACCUCACACAGGAUGAACGUCUGGAUGUCUUGCUUACCCUCAAGCACACUGUAAAGGAACAUGACUGCAAAUUGACAGAAGAGAUCAUUGAGCUGGUUGAUCGAGAGGCGGACUUACUGAUGCGAGGAGUCAAAGAGAGCAAUCUGACUGGCCUUCGCAAACGGAUUGCCACCUUGUUCAUGCAAUACAUCAAGACACCUACCUUUAAUCCUGAAGCUGCUAAUUUGCUAAAGGUACCUCAAGACCCAACUGUCUUCCGCAAGAACAUCUAUUUUUGUCCUUCAUGUAACAAGUACAUGCCAUCAACAGAAUUCUCCCUCACAGGAAACACUCGAACAGUUGGAAAAUGCCGCACCUGUCAACAGAUUGACAAUGAAGCUCGAACUCGCCAGGAGUCCAGUCAGUACCGCAGAAUGCUCAGAACACUGCGGAGAUCUGAAGAUGCCUAUCAAGAUGGUUCCCAUAUUGCUUUCCUGCUGCAGGAGAAUGAUCUCCGUUAUCUCGUGGAGAACAUCUGGAAUGGCCAGAGCAUCCUCAGUGCUUGGAGUGAUCUUCAUGACAUGGUAUUGAUACGAUGGGACUCUCAUACCCAGUGGUCACCAUGGAAUUGCAUCCUUCUGACUGAAGAUGAGGCCACAGCUCACGGGAAACUUGUGAGACUGGACGAGGGAUAUGGUGAGGUGUUCAUGCAAAAAGUUAAACAGAAGCACACCAUUGCCCGCAACUACUUCUCGCGACUUCCUGGCAUGGCAGAGUUGAUGCAGAAGCAUAGCAACAACAACGGCCAGCCCCUAAUCCCAGGUCCAAGCUCCUUAGCUGGCCAUGCCUUGCCCAUGCAGUCGCAGAAAGUAUGACCACAUGGAUUUCAGCAGAUAUGAAGGCAUUCUUAUUGCUCCAGUUGUUUUCACUUCCACUGUCAUCAGAACUCUUUUAUCUAAAAUCAAAGUUGACUUUUCAACAAAAUCUGUCAGUGAUGUACAAUAGUGUUUGUAGACAAAGCUGACGUGGAAAAACCAAUGUGCUGACAUAUAAUGUUAUCUGAGUACCUGAUCAUACUUCAAGGUCAUUAAAGAAAAAGUGGAAGCUCCAGGUUGCUUUAUUGUACGAUGAACUAAAGUGAAUUUUUGGACUAAUGAAGUGAUGUUCAUUGAUUUCUAAAAACUCCAUUUUGCUAAUAAUUAAUUUACACAUUUAUUCUCAUUUAAUUUUUUAAAAUACAGAUUUGUUUUACUGAAGCCGUGGUAUCUAGGCCAAAGAAAUAUUUUUCUGCAUCUUGUUUUGUAUUGUGGCAUUUUUUUAAAACUAGGAACACUUCUUUGAAGUGCAUAUAUGGAUGCAUUUGCUAAUCAAUCACUUGUCUGCUUUAAAGCAAAACAUUUACUGGAUUGUUCACCCAAAUUGUAAAAUGUGAUACUGAUUAAAUGAUGGAUAAAUGAGUGUUUGCUGGUAUGUAAAAAUACAUUACCAGCAUGAAUGGGUGAUGAUGCUUAAAUUUAUGGCCAAUUAAAUCUUUGUUACUUGAAUCUGUUCUCUUACACUAAAAAUAAUGCAUCAUGUAUAACAUAGGCCUAUUGUUUUGGCUUAGGUUUUAUAUUAUCUUAAUGCAGUCAAGCAACCUUUUAAAAGAUCAACUGUUGGAAGUAUAUAACACGUCCCUGUUUUAUGAAUGCUUCUGUCAACAAAAUUUGAUACUCCAGCUUGUUGUUCAAGCCAAAAUGCUAUAUAAACUAACUUUAAUGUUGUGGUUUAUUUACAAAAUUUAUUGCCUUUACCUGUGAUACUACAAGUCAUUUCUUUGAAUGGUUUUAGUCAUUUGUAUUUAGCCCUUUGCUUUGUAAGAGCACUUUUGAAAGGGAGGUCUACAGUUAUAUUAUACUCUGCAGUCCUUGCUUUUUAAACAUAAUUACUUUGUGUGUGUGAAUGUGUGCAUGAAUGUAUGCAUCUGUAUGAACCUACACACGUAUUGAUAUUUAUAUUAUGUUUGUCAUAUUAAGUGCCUGCUUCCAUAGUUGAGUGUGACUGUAGUUAAUGUACAAUGUGCACAAUGUGCCCAGGAACAAAUUAAAGCAUCUAUGUAUGGA